GUACAAUACAACAAGAGGUCACAUACACAUACCUUCCUCUCUCUUUCUCUUUCUCUUUCUCUCUCUCCAUUGCACCUUCCCUUCUUCUUUUCUCUGCCAUUUUUGAGAUUCCUUCACUGGUCUUUUCUCUUCCAUUGGAUUGUAUAGAUUACCACCUAAAAUACCCACCUAUCAAUCUCUGUAAUUCUAUUUGAUUUGUGUGAAAAAAACUUUUAAGGACUGUAAAACACAAACUCUUCUUCUGGGUCUAUAGGCUACUGCACUUUUAUUGCAAACUAUUUUCUAGGUUUGCUGCAGAAUUAAGCCUUCAAUACCCACUACUACAGACCGCAUAUAAACCUUCAAAACAACUGUUAUAUUUUCAGAAAAAUUUCAUUUUUCUUUGACUUUAUUUUUUUUUUUGUUAAUAAAUUAUUUUGCCCCCUUUUUCUGCAAUUUUUUCAUAUAUAUAAUUUUUCCUUCGCUUGACGAAAAGAUUGAGACAUGGGCAAGCAAGGGCCUUGCUAUCACUGUGGAGUUACAAGCAGAUGGUCAACAAUUCAGGUAGGAGUGAUUGGUUGAUGAUAAUGAAUACUGACAGAUGCUGCUAUCUCAACCUUACAAUGUUUGUUGAGUUCUGUUUUCUAGUAUAUCUGCACAAUAUGAAUGUGGUUGUUGUUUAUUCAAUCAGAGAUACUUUCUAUUCUUAUUUAAAAGGUCUUUUAAAUUUCAUAGAUUUCUGACAAAUAAGCCUUCAAUAGGCACACCACUUUGGCGUAAUGGACCACCUGAGAAGCCAGUACUUUGCAAUGCCUGUGGAUCUCGAUGGAGGACAAAGGGAACACUUGCAAAUUAUACCCCUUUACAUGCUCGGGCAGAAACUGUUGACCAGGAGGAUCAAAGGGUUUCCAGGAUAAAGAGCAUGCCAUUAAAUAAGAACAAAGAAGUGAAAUUGGUCAAACGAAAGCAGAACUAUGACGAUAAUACUGCAUCUGGCCUUGUCCUAGAUUAUAAUCAAGGAUUCCGAAAGGCUAUGGAUGAGGAUACAAGCAAUAGAUCAAGCUCAGGAUCCGCAAUCUCUAACACGGAGAGCUGUGCUCAAUUUGGUGGCAUAGAUGCUAGUGAUUUGACAGGUCCUGCUCAGUCAGUGGUCUGGGAUGCCAUGGUGCCUUCAAAAAAGAGGACAUGUGCAGGUCGUCCAAAGGCAUCCUCUGUUGAGAAGCUCACAAGAGACUUAUGUACUAUUCUUCAUGAACAACAAUCUUAUUUUUCUGCAUCUUCUGAAGAGGAUCUUCUUUUUGAAAGUGAAACACCAAUGGUCUCUGUUGAGAUAGGACAUGGAAGCAUUCUCAUCAGGCAUCCUAGCUCUAUAGCUCGUGAAGAGGAGUCUGAGGCUAGCUCUCUUUCAGUUGAUAAUAAACAGUGCCUAAUGAGUGAGGCAUAUUCAUGGUCUGGUACCAUUCCAAUGUAUGUUGAUCACAGUGGCAUUAACUUCUCAUCUCAUCAUGGUGCUGAAAAGAUCAGAAACUCUGCUGGCCAAAUCAUGAAACAAGAGCAGCUUAAAAGGGACAAUUCUCAGAUUGAAAAACUACAUGUUCCUGGAAAUCAUGAUUCACCACUGUGCUUAAUAGAUUUAAAUGAUGUAGUGAACUAUGAGGAGUUUAUGAGAAACUUGACAAAUGAAGAGCAGCAGCAAUUACUGAAGUAUCUCCCUGUGGUUGAUAAUCUCAAACUUCCUGAUAGCCUUGAAAACAUGUUCAAUAGCUUUCAAUUCAAGGAGAACUUAACUUAUUUUCAGCAACUUCUUGGGGAAGGUGUCUUUGAUAUCUCUUUGUUGGGGGCAAAACCUGAAGAAUGGAAGAUGUUGAAAAGGCUUGUGUUAUCUAAUCUGUUGAAAUCAAAAUGGGUAGAACACUAUAAUUUUCUCAAGAAAUGUGAAAACAAAGCUGGAAAAUCUAUUGAUCUAGGACCUACUGGUAUGGGAUCAAGUAAUGUCGCAAAUGCCAAGAGGAUGCGCGGUAGCCAAAAUCAAAAUUUUCCAGAAUUGAAGACAACAAUGAGGAGCCCCAAAAGGGUGAUCCUAAAGGCUGGCUCUCAGGGAGAAGAUGUUGUAGAAGAUGGCUGUAGCUUCAGUCCAAAAAGCAUAUUUUCUUUGCCCCGUGGUGGUAGUAGCUUGCACAUGCUAGAUUCUUUAAACUUUGUUGAUGAGAGUUCUGAUCAGGAUCUGCUGUUAGAUUUGCCAUCUAACAGUUCAUUUCCACAGGCAGAGCUACUACACCCAAAUUUAGGCUUUGGUGCUCAAGUCAGCACCAGUAGCAGCUCAGUACACUCACCUGUUGCUCAUCCUUGACUAGUCUUUACUAGGUUACUUGGAUGGGUAUGGACAGAAUAUUCAAUCGUAAUUAGGGUCCACAUGUUUUGCAUCUUAAAACACUUAAAUUCAUGUACAAGAGAUAUGAUGGUUGUGCUUUUGUUUCUUGCAACCUUCUUCAGCUUGGAUUGCCAAAGGAUGGAAGUUGAAUGGGCUUUUUUGUAUAGGUUGGUAAUAGAUUGUAACAUAUAGCAUGAAAUGCGGAGUGAUCAUCUCCGGAGUUUUGUAUGCAAUUGUAGUUUAUGCUUUGUGAAAGAUUGACACCCUUUUUUACCAACAGGUUUAAAAUAUCAA